AAUGCAAGGAAAGGGAAAGUGGUUCGUUGCCAGACGCUUUGAAAAAUUCACUGAGAGAGCAUUUUAGAGACAUUUUUUGGAGCUUAAAACUUCACUUGUUGUUUCAUGGUGCGCCGGACGCUGAUUUGAAGAAGAUGGGUGUUUGGGAAUUAGUCUCUUUGUCAGCCGAUGAAAUGAAAACAAAACCAGACGAAAAAAGUGUCAUUGAUCCAGGAAGUAAAAUCUUGGAAAUCGUAAGCGACAUAACUCAGAGAGAGGGUGUCCCAAAAGGCAGUACAGAGCAUGCCCGAAAGGUAGAGGAACAAGCAAGAAGUCUUUUAAGCUCUCUCCCUAAAGUAUUUAGACCGAAGGUUUUAGCAGUAGUUUCACAUAAUGGCGAGAGCUUUGUUGGCGCGUCGAUUGCAGUAAGUGAUUUCUUACGCCCUCUCUAUUUGCACAAAAGAAUUGCUGAUUUCAGAAAACCUAGCCUCAGAGAAGCAAUCAUAUUUCAUCAGCCAUUAGAAACAGCAGAUACGCAGGACUGGAGAUCGGAAGCAUCAAAGAUCUAUGGCACCCACACACCCCGUGACACCGCCAAACCUGCAUGUGGAAAUUGCCGACGCACUUUCAGAAACUUAGAAGGCUUUGUACGAGAGAAUGAGCAAGGAGAUGAUAACAAUACAACAAUCCUCGGCGCAUGUGCAGAAUACUGUCCUGUUAACAAACUUCUUCACGAUGAAACAAAUGAUGGUUCAGAAAUAGGUCCUCGUCUUCAUAUGAAUUUGGGGCGAUGCUUAGAACUCUUUCAGAAAUUUGAUGCAAUUGGUAAACAGUGCCAAGAAGCUGUUAGUUCUGAAAAUAAAAGAAUCCAAAAAAAGGUGUACAAACAAGUACAUCCUAUACUUGACAUUUUUGGCCGAUCACCAGAAUUCAAUAACAAGUUCUAGGAAUUGGCUUUAAUACUGAUGAUCAGUUGAUACGCCACCUAUACAGUGUACUUGUUCAUAAAAAGCAAUCGCCAUCUCUAACACAGUACAGGAGAAUACAAACAGUAGACUAGGCUUUAGUUUUCGAUGGUUCCAAGAAAAACUUGUAAUUGGUUGUAUAUAUACACGCUCUGCAUGCAAUUGCGAAUUCUUUAUAUGUCAUACCUAAAACUCAAUCUGUCGCCCCUUCACUUAUGACAUAUUCCAGGCUAGUAAAGGGUGGAGAUGGACUGGAAAAUAUUUUAAAACGGUCUCAUUUUAGUCAGCCGGUGGAAUUUCCAAAUCGAUAUCACUUGAUUCACGCACCAUUCUUAGAAAGACGUUUCACUGCCUUUAAAUGGACUUUCAGGAAAUAUGGUAAAUUUGCCUUUUUAAAAAUUGAAUCGAACAAGGCCAGGAAUAAAAUAAAUCAAGGCUAGCAUCGAAAACCUACAGGGCCGGUUAUUUACUCAAGAUCCAACCCAUACCACGGUUUUGCGCAAUCAGUGAGCCCCAGACUCUCUUUAUAAGAGAGUUGCUUUAAUUAAAUAAUCGUCCUUCCACUGUUAGCUUUCAGCCCUUCUGACAUUGUUUGCAAAAAUAAAUGUUCAGAUAAAAGGUUCAGCUAAAUUUAGGAUUUUUUAGGGCAUGACUCUGUCACUUUAGCCAAUAUCUAGAAUAUAGGACAUUACAGCUGGUUGAGAAUAGUAAG